AGCAGAUGUAUCGAAUUCAACUGGGAGUUGAUAAAAUCUGGGAGAUUUUUUAGUGUAAAAUAAAAUGCACCUAGCUUAUGCACCCCACGUUUAGAGCCUAAUGGGUUAACAGUUUCAAAAUCGUCAUAGAACAACUGAAUUUGUAAGGAGUUUGGAUGUUUAGAAUAUAGCGGAUUAUUUCUAAAAGAUAUCGUAUCUAAAAAAGAUUCUAUACGAGUGGGAUUACAAUCUACAGGUUUGCAAAAAUAUUUUAGAUAAGUUGGGGAUGAAACAAUCUUCUCCAACGUUUUAAUAAUGGGAACAUACAUAAAUGUAUCUGACACAAUAACUUCCUUACGCUUGUUUUCUCUUAUCCUCAACUCUGUCCUACAACCUAGAGAUAGUUCUUUUGGUACAAUCAUUUUGUCCUUUUUUUCGAAUAUUUUUUGCCGUUUACGAAUAUUAUCUACGUUGCUAAAAGCGUCUACUAAAGACAUUACCUGUGAACUAAACUCUUCGUAAUUUUCUUUGCAAAAAGGUUUUCCUAUUUGUAAAAUUAAUUUAGAAAAUUGUGUGAAUGAAUUCUCUAGUUCCCUAACUACAAAAUCAACAGUUGAAUCUGUUGCACCAGUCGCCAACAAUGAGGAACAGAACGACGAUAAAAUAUCUUUCCUGAUAUUAAUUCCUAAAUUUACAGAAAUAUUUUUUUCUAAAUUUACUGAUAUAUCUUCGUCAAAAAUAUUACUUUCAUUUAAGCUGAGGCGACGCAUGGGAAUUCUAACUCUGAGAAACUUGAAUAUUUUGAAAAUUGUAUUCAGGAGAAAUUGGAGAAAUUUCAUGAGAUUUAAGGUGUCUCAAAUAUCCGCUCCAAGUACUAAUCGGAGUGAUACAAUUUUGACUUGGGCACGUUGUAUAUUUAAAAUUUAGGUGACCAUAAUUGUGAAAAUAUUUUACAUGAUUUAUGAUUUCUUCUACCCUGCAAUAUAUCUUAUUACUCUCUACACACGUACAUUUUAUCACGUAAUACCUAGUCCAAUUUUGGGUAUUGAAUAUACUUAGGAGGGGAGCUUGCGAGGUUGAUAAUAACAGAUCGGCUCCAAAUUUUUACCAAUGAUAGUUUGACAUGAGUGUAUCAAAACCCUUGAACGUUUUGACUCCAUAACCAUAAACAGCUGAGAAAUUAAUUUCGAAAGUUUCGAAUUUUUUCCUUAGAUGUGCACUUCUAUCUGAGGUGUUUGGUGUUCUAUGCCAUAUAUUUGACGUAUAUGAAACAUCUCUAGAACGGGUUAAUAUUUUUGAAAUCUGUUUUUGGACAUCGACAUCUAAUUUUUCGGGGGUGGGCAAGUUCGAUCGUGGGGUCAAUCGGACCACACCCCUUAGCGCCAGUGGGUGUGGUCAAAUACAUUUUUGAAAUUAAGUUUCUUCUUCUCACAUGGACUGUACCCCAUGGUGGCCUGAAUCAUAAGCAGCAUUACGUGACCUAUCUUCCACACCCCCCCAACUCAGGGGGUGUGGUUAUACUGAAAACAAUAAAAUCAAAAAAGGUUAUAAGCUGGCCAAUAGUUUUCAAUUCUGCUUUCACCGUAUGGUAGCAUAAAUUAAUACCGAGGAGUGACGGCCACACCCCCUCGAUGUCAGGGGGUGUGGUCGGGGGCAAAAUGAGACUUUUACUGAAAUUCAAUCCGUAGAUGAAAUGAGUAAAAAUUUGUAUUCCCGCGUCGUCGGAAGUGUGUUUUGGUCAAAGUAAGACAAUGAUAAAAUCGAUUCCAAUGGUGAAAUGUAAAACAAUUAGUUGCAACAUAUCUCUAGAACAGAGCAAUAUUUUUGAAAGCUGUUUUCGGACGUCGACAUCUAAUUUUGGUGUAACGAACGAGUUCCAAGAUGUAAUAAAUCCCCGCCUCCACCACCCUCAGAGAGAGUUGGUGUGGUUAAAUGUUUGGUUUUUACUUCUUACGUAUGUUGUAUCCCAUUGUGGCGUAUGCUUAUAAAAAAAAUUUCAGAGCUAUACAGAUGAGGGCGUCCUACUGGAACCGAUUUUGGCCUUGAAUAUCCCAGAAACGGUUGGUCGUAACGGGUAAAAAUUUUGAGCAGACGAGCAUGUUGUCCUAGUCAAGCGUUGUGCAAAAAAUUAACUCUCUACUUUCAAAAAUGCUUCUCCCACAGCCCACAGGGUUGCGACAAUUUUUUCAACUCGUUCCAGAAAAUAUCAGAUGCAAGGUACACAAUAUGUCUUGUGUCUGAACGUUUCUCAAACAGUACGUUGUAUUUUGUAUCUUGACAAUUUAUAUCAACAAUAUAUUAUUCAAAAUUCAAGUUAGGAUACAAGCUACUUUUUUACUCAAGAUAGUCAAGAUAUAACUGGUAAACUUGUAUAAUUGGUUUUAGCCUUGGAGUAAUGAGAACUUACUCGUAAGAAACCUCAAUAAUUUGAAUUACUCAAUAACCUCAAUAAUUUCCAGACUUUCGAAAAUUUUAUGAUUAUUAAAUUGCUUAAUAUGCUUUUCAAAUAGACCGUUACAACGAGGGUAACCAAGGGGCGAAAGUCCGUCAAACUGAACACAAUAUUGUGUUUGCCCGGUUAAAAAUGUGUUUAAAUUUACAUGUCUGACGUGGUUUCAAAAAUUCUGACAUAUUAAUCAAACUUAACCGUUGAAUUAUAAAGGGGUUUAAUUUCCAUCCAAAGAAGAUAUAUUUGUGCAAUUUGACCUUUAAAUGACAUUUCAUGACGUUUGACCUUUAAGGGUGCGACAUACAGAGCCCAUCUUCGAAUUUGUCUUGUCCCUUGACGUUCCGAGUUAACGUUCAAAAUUUCAAGCCUCUAGGUCUUUCCGUUCAAGGGUUAUCGGAGCUACGGACAAAAAGACGGACAGAGACAUAACGAUCUUACUUAUAAAGGACUUUCAUCACUUAAUAAAUGAAUUAGUAUACAAAUUGACUGUGUUUUAGGUACUGCUAAUUUGUUUAUGAGACGGGGAUAAGUUAUGGCGCGCGGAUUAAUAGCCAUUGUUAUUCUGCCUCAUGUACUGCAUUUCAUCUUAAUCAACAGACCAGUCCCAUAAACGUACAUAACACCUACAUACGUAAAAUUAUGUAAUUUUCUUGACGUCUACUGUAAUUAUUUAUUAUAACAAUACUUAUAUAUACGAGCUUAUUAUUGAUGCAUGGUCUUCGGCGGGAUAAGUAAGUUCGUGGCUGUGUAUUUCACCCUUCUCGUGACAAUUGUCAAUAUCAGAUAUUCGGGCUAAAUAAAUUAUUGUCAAUAAAAUUGAAGCAUGGAUUCGAAAAUUUUUAAAUAAAAACCUAACAUGUCCAAUCUCGGAACGUCUCCAGUGCCAUCGACCAGCUAUGGUAACUUCAUUUAUUGGGUUUUUGAUAACGUUUUGAUUAUUUGGAAAUCAGUUGCAUAAUGUUAUAAAUAUGUAGGUACGGCUGAAACUGAAGUUGUACCAAAUCCAUUCGGGAUUAUUAUUGAGUUUGAAAAACUAAUUGAGGAAAAUUAUAGAGGGUGUAGUAAGGUUGAAACACCUACUGAACUGGAAGUUCUUUUCGCACGUAAACUUUACGAAUCGUUUCAACUUAAUCUUCAAGAAUUUGUGGUUGAUGAAGACGAGGAGCUGGUGCCUAACGAUGUCAUUGAUUGUGGCCCCCUGCUUGAUUCGACUGUUUCGGAGUAUGAUACCGAUGAAGCUGAGCAGUUACCAAAAUCGCGCAAGGAUGAUUUGGAUUUCCAUUUACCGGUAAAAAAAAGAAAAGAAAAGGUGAUAGUAACCCAAGAACGCAAAAAGAAAAUCCUCGCUCUGUGGGACGCACAUAAAGGAUGGGACUGGAAGACAUUGAAGACACAUGGUGCUAAGGAAAUUACAAACGAACAAACCUUGCACAGAUGGCGAGCUCAAGUCCGGAGAGGUGAAUCAUCGUUUGAUAAAUACAAAGGAAUAACCAAAUAUGUAUUUCAUGAGUUAGAGAAAGCUAGGAAAAUUCACAAAAUUAUUAGGGUAUCUCACUUAAAAUAUUGGGGUAUGAAAAAAUAUUUAGAGUUAGACGAUAACUCUUUUAAAUUUAAAGCAUCAAAAAGUUGGUGUGGUAAGUUUAAACUAGAUUACAGGAUCUCGAGCCGAAAAAUCAUUCAAUUAAUUAGUAAAAGGGAAGUAAAAUCACAAGACCAGAUUUUAGAAUCUGCAAAAAAAUUCCAAACGGAUAUAAGAAGAAUUUCUUCUCAAUUUGACAGUAACCAUGUUUUUAAUACCGAUCAAUGCGGUUUUGCUUAUGAAAUUACCUCAGCACGAACGUACACAUUCAAGGGCCAAAAAUCUGUUUACGGUUAUGCACAGCCCCCGAAUAAUCUGUCAACUCAUUCUUAUACCGUCCAGUAUUUAAUUAAUUUAGCUGGGCAAAUAGGGAACGUUUUCGUAUGCCUCCAGGAGCCCGGUGGGAAAUUUGGUCCACUUGUUAAGCAAGAUCUUGAGUCAUAUCUCCCAAGUAAUGUUACCUUAACGUGUAGUACUUCAGGUAAAUUGUCAACUUCAUUAACGGAAUAUUUUUUGGAAAAACAAGUUGUUCCCCACGUGACCAAAGACUUCUUGUAUAUAGUAGAUAGUUGGCCAGGACAAACAAAUAUAGACACAUACAGCAAAUUUUUUGGUCAAGCUAAUGACAUGCCUGAAAUAACAUUAAAAGUAAUUCCCGAGAAGUGUACACCCCUAGCUCAGCCAUUAGACACGACUUUUCACAGGCAAUUGAAAGGUUUGGCUCGAGAAAUUUUGGCUCAACUGGAAAUUUGUGUUAACGUGGAAGGAGUACACCGUGAUGACAAUUGGAACCCACGAAAAGGUGUUAUUAAGUUAAAUUCAUUAUUGCAUUUUUUUCUUUCGGCCCCUAUUUUUACUCCCAUGAUUAAAUAUUCAUGGUUCUCAAGUGGCUUGUCUGACGAAAAAGUAGAAUUCCUAAAUGUAAAGCAGGUUUGUUUUACAUUCGAUGAUGAUGAGGGUAAACUAUGGUUGACUGUACUAACCAGCGAUUUAUAAAGUGUUCACACUGUCGAAAACGAGUAUGCAUAUUUGAUUUGUGGAUUACGAAUCAUUAUUACUUUUGUGAGGCUUCCCCCUUUAAAUCGUAAGGGCUUGGUGUGGAAAUUUAUUCGACUGAUUAGAAUUACUCAACAUAAUUGUUAUUUCAUGAUUUAUAUAUUCUAACAAAUAUAUUUAAAAUGAUCUACUUGAAAUCUAAGGUAGAUUUAUGUAAUUUAUCUUUAUUUAAUUUUAUUUUUUAAGGAUGAUUAGAACAGUUCUUGUUUGAUUAAUUAAAUUUAAAAUAUUUCGUGGAAAUUGAAAUAAAAUGUAUCUCUUGGACGCA